UAUAAAAAUAUUUAUUUAUAGUACAUGCAAAUGGCUGCUGCACCACAGUUGAGUGUUGCUUCCUAUAAACCAGAUGCUGUCAAUCAGGUGCAACCACGCGGUAUAUCAAUGAUGGUUAGCGGCGAAACAGGUGUACCAUACGGUACAAUGAUGCCACAAUUGGCAACAUUGCAAAUUGGCAAUUCGAAUUUCUCUCCAUCAUUACAGUAUAUUAGUCCAACUUAUCCAUAUUAUGCACCACCUACAAUUAUACCAACAAUGCCAAUGACAGAUUCUGAGCAGGCUAGCACAGCUGCAUCACCCGAUGAGGCAUAUACGCAGUAUCCACAUCCAGCCGCUCCCAAAUAGGUUUUCGCGAGGUGAGUGCGUGAGUGUGUAUAUUCAUAAUUUGUUUUUUAGUUUUUAAUUAGGGUUUUAUUUUCAAAAUUGUUAAUAAAAAUUAUAAAAUUUUAAAAACUAAAUAUAGUCAAUUGGCGGACUUUUUUCUUAUAUUUUUAAAGGGUUCAAGUAGAAAAUGGGAAUAAUUUUAAGGUUUCCUGCAUGUAUUUUUUUUAUUUUAAGAAAA